AGAUGAGGACCGUAACCUCAGCCAGUGGGCAGGAGGAAGCUGUGGCCGUGAGGAGGAGUGAAUCAGCGGAUGCUCAGAUGAUCGACAGCCUCAUCAGCUCCCAAACUCUGCAGCUUUUUGGAAGAGUCAACAUAAUACAUCUUCUAGAGAAAGCAAAUCUGGCCGUGACUCUGGCCAAUGAAAAGGAGGAGAUCCUGGCCCACGCUUCCUUCUUCGACCACCCUGUCGGAGACUUGGUGGAUCAGACUCUCUGGGAACCUUUCCUGCAGAAACACUUGAGGGCUGAAAAAUGCACACCUUGGAACACUCUCUUCCUCCACCUUUUUGUGUCACAGCCGGAUUUCUCCGCAGCAAGCUUAAAGGAAAUAAUGAGGGCCGUCUUUAACGCGGUUGCAGAGCUUGAUUACAUCUGCCUGGUCAGCCCGAAUGUUGGUGUUUUAGAGGCGGCACUGGAGGACACGUUUGAGCCGCUGCAGCGCCUGACUGACCCGGGCCCCGAGUGCUUAGCCUUAAUCUGCCACAGACAAGAGCACAGUCCCAGGCUUCAGAUCCGCACAGCCAGGGUCGAAGAUCACGACGACAUCGUGCCGUUGUUUGCAGAACAGACGAAGCAGCUGUCUGCAGAGCGUCCGUACUGCCUGGCAGACCUCAUUGAGGCACAGAAUGAGAAAAAUCACACCGUUGUUUGUGAGAGUGGCAGAGUCACCGUCAGCUUCAUCAGCCUCACUUCGGACGUGGAUGUGAAGUGUUUGAACCACAACUUCGAUUUAAGAGAGUUUAGUGGUUUGUAUAAAAACCAGAAGAUAGAAGACGAUGGACCCGACUCUCAGGCUGACGUAGAAGGUGAAGAGAAAACAACAGAGAUCCAAAUAUCUGAUCCGCAGCAGCAGGAGGAGACACAGUCGACUGGACGUGUCUCAGAGAAAUCCAACGCUUUCUGUAUUCAGUGCUUUGCCAUCGACAAGAAGUAUGAAAUGAGAUCAGCGGACUGUAUUCCAUAUAUAUUCAACCUCUUCCCUGACCUGGACUUCUGCAUCAUCACUGUACCCACACUGUCCCCUGAGUUCCCGUUGCUGCAGAGCUUCCACAGAGUGACCCGCCUUCCCACCAGCUCGCUGCAAAAUGAACUCUACAUCUUCCACCGCGACGGGCUCGGGAACGUUGAGGUGAGGCAGGCCGUGGCUGCAGACCGAGCGGCUGUCUGUGACCUGGUGGAAGGUCUGAGACUGAGUGAGAUGCUGCUGCAGGAUCUGGACUUCUUCUACGAGACCCGCUGGGAUCUGAGCGGGGGGGCGCUGCAGGCCUUUGUGGCCCAGGUGAACGGUCAGGUGGUGGGGAUUCUGAUCCUCAGAGAUGAACAGGACAUCGAGUACAUUCGCGCCCGCUACAACAUCGAGAGCUUCAUCUACUUCAGCCACCACCGCUACGAGGAGCACGCUCAGAUCCGCCAUUUUGUCCUCAAACCCUCCUUCCAGCGUUUCUCCAAACACUUGUUUAAGGAGGUCCUCCGGCUGGCUCACAGAUCCUGCCUGUACCUCCGGAUCUACCCCUCCGACCACAGCCAGGAGAAUUCCUGCGUCCACCAUCUGGAUUGGGUCCUCGACUGUGCGGUCCCGGUCCGGCCGCGACGCCAGAUCAUCUACCCGCUGGAGGAGCUUGGCAUCAACGGCCCUUCCAGGCGGAUCACGGAGGACCAGGCACCGUUUGCUCUCAGCCUCAUCAGCAGGAAGUUAACCAUGGAGCCAAAGGUCACUGUUAACGCUCGGGUCGUGGUGGUGGGGGCGUCAGACACAGGUUUAUCUUUCCUGGAGGUUCUUUGUUUCUGCCCUCACCUGAAGUUCAACAACCUGACUCUCAUCUCCACGCACGGUUUUCCACACGACCGCAGCAACCACCAUGACGACGACGACGGCGUCGGAUUUCUCUCCACAAGUCAUGCAUACAGCCGCAGAGACCUGGCCCAGCUGCCUCUUCAGUCCUGCCUCACGGUGGUGACCGGGACGAUGGUGGGCAUCAACAGGAAGUCCAAGUACGUCCGCGUCUCCGACGGGAGGAAGGUGGCCUACGAUCACCUCAUCCUCUGUACGGGCCUGCAGUACCAGGUGCCCCUGAGUAAGCCGGUCACAAACAGCCAGCUGCAGAAUCAGACGGCUCCCCGAAGAUACACCGAGCUCGUCCCCUCCAACCUCUUCACCCUCAAUGACCUCCACGACUGCAGGGCCGCUCGCCGCUGGCUCACUGCCAACUUUGUGGAGCUGGAGGAGAACGCCAUCGUCUUUGGAAACACCAUCGACGUUUUCACCACCGUCGAGACUCUGCUCGGCCUCGGCGUUCAGGGAUCUCGUAUCCACCUUGUCCAUCCGCCGCUCGACCUCGGCGUCCCCUGCUUCAGCGAGCCUCCAGUUAAGAAGGCAGUUUACGCAUUCUUGGAGGAGGCCGAGGUCCGGGUCCAUCAUAACUGCGUGCUGGCUCAGAUGAACAAUGGAGAUCACCCUGAUCCUCUCACCUCCGUGUCGUUCACCACGGAUGCAGAGCCUCUCCAUCUGCAGUGCGGAGUUUUCAUGAAUCUCUCCAACAGAGGAGUCAGCUACGACGCCUUCAGAAGCAUCAACAGCUCCUUCCUGGUCUUUGACCGCAGACUCGUCAUAAACGCCGCUUUCCAAACCAGCGACUCAGCCAUUUUUGGUGCCGGACCUCUCACCAAAUUCUCCAGCCGCUACCACGCAGACGAGUGGUCGCACGCCAACUUUAACUCCAAGGAGGUGGGCCGGGACCUGGCGGCCAUGUUGCUGCCUCUGUUCGACCCAACGCUGGAGCCUGCAGACGAACAUCAGCCCGGAGAAGAUUGUCUGGUACCAAUUUACAAACAGGCCAAGAUCCAAGGUGGGACGCUGCCCGGAGGUAUUCACUACCUGCACUUUACAAAACCGUCUCCAGCUAGCCUGCCAGGUGCUCCUCUGAAAAACUUACAGGACAAAGGCAUCGCGACCGGACGAGCGGCGACAGGAGACUACUUUUGUUUACGCCUGGACUGCUACGAGCUGGUGGAGAAGCUCACCUGCUACUCCCUGAAGCCCCUCCCCGUCUCCAAUUACCUGAGUCUGUACGGGAAGCACCAGCAGCUGCUGGGCCAGCUGUCCACCUACUACUACAGGAGCCUGAUCCCCGACCUGUACAGUUUCUUCAGGCAGAGCUGGUCUCUGGCCGUUUAUCACGACAGAUUCUCCGACUUUGAGCAGGAGCUUCAGCAGAUCACCUCGACCAAGGUCGACGAGCUGAGACGGGCGGUGAACGACGACGACGACGACGACGACGUCAGCGUUCCUCCUGAGGAGAUUUUCAAAGACGCCGAGACUCGAGCGGCUCUGAGGAGCGGCGCUGUGAAGUAUCUCACCUACAACCGGAACCUGCUGCCAAUGUUCACCUACCCGGGACGUCUGUGACAUCACAAGCGCUGAAUAAAACUGAGCACAACACGUGUUGAAUCGUGAUGUCACUGCAUGCUUUUUCUUGAGUAGUUUUGUUUAUUUAGAAUGUGUUUGUGUGUCCCCUCUCGUCUGCCUUUUUUUGGCCGAUUCUACAUGUUGAAUCGGCGUCGGAGGUUUCAUGACUUCAGGUGAUGUCACUUGAGUCAGGAUCGGUUGGAGCCACAUUAGUGUUUACUUUCUUCUCUAAACUCACUCUCACUUAAAUAUAAGAACAUGUUUAAAAAAAAAGUUUACAUUUCUACUCAGAUGCUUCUGUUUUAAUUCCUCCUUCAUCAUGUGCCAACUGUAACUCUCCCCUCAGUGACUCUGCAGCAGCGUGACCAAUCACAGGGCUCGGUGUAGCGGCUGGAGAUGAAAGCUCUCCGAGGAGGAGGAGGUGGAGGAGGGUGUCACUCUACAGCUGUAUGUUAAUGAGGCUGAGCCUGUCGGGAAAAUAACCGCACACACACACACACACACACACACACACACACACACACACACACACACA